AUGAGUAAUGCCUCAAUCGUGGCCGAAUUCAUCCUGCUGGGCAUCCCGCACACAGAGGGACUGCAGGCCACGCUCUUCAUCCUGUUUCUGUCCUUCUACAUCUUCACUCUUAUGGGGAACCUGCUCAUCCUACUGGCAAUCGUCUCUUCCACCCGGCUUCACACUCCCAUGUACAUCUUCCUGUGCAAACUGUCUGUGUGCGACAUAUUUUUCCCUUCCGUGAGUUCCCCCAAGAUGCUCUUCUACCUCGCGGGGAACAGCCGAGCCAUCUCCUAUGCAGGCUGCGUGUCCCAGCUCUUCUUCUACCACUUCCUGGGCUGCACUGAGUGCUUCCUGUACACGGUGAUGGCCUAUGACCGCUUUGUUGCCAUAUGUUACCCUCUACGCUACACGAUAAUCAUGAGCCACAGGGUGUGUGCCCUCCUGGCCGUGGGAACCUCCUUUUUCGGUUGUAUUCAGGCCACCUUUCUAACCACCCUCACCUUCCAGUUGCCUUACUGUGGCCCCAAUGAGGUGGACUAUUUCUUCUGUGACAUCCCGGUGAUGCUGAAGCUGGCGUGUGCAGACACCUCAGCCCUGGAGAUGGUGGGGUUCAUCAGUGUGGGCCUCAUGCCCCUCAGCUGCUUCCUUCUCAUCCUCACCUCUUACAGCUGCAUCAUCUACUCCAUCCUGCAGAUCCGCUCUGCAGAGGGCCGACGCCAUGCCUUCUCCACCUGCAGUGCCCACCUCACUGCCAUCUUGCUUUUUUAUAUGCCAGUGGUCCUCAUUUACCUAAGGCCAACCCCAAGCCCCUGGCUGGAUGCAACUGUUCAGAUCCUGAACAACCUUGUCACUCCCAUGCUGAACCCCUUGAUCUACAGCCUCAGGAAUAAGGAGGUAAAAUCAUCUCUGAGGAAGGUCCUGCAUCAGGUGGGCUUCCUCCCUGAGCAGCUGUGGAGAAAGGACAGUAGCUAACAUUUCACCCUCCCUGCAUAGCUUAUAAAACAUUCCUGUGUGGUUUGCAGAGAUAUUUUUUAAUUGGAAAGUGCAGGUAUUAUGAUUAUCUCCAUUUUACAAUGUGGGGACUUAUAUUUGAAGCAUUAAUGUGACUUGUUGAAGGACAUGUAAGGACUGAAUGGCAGAGUGAAAACUCUAGGGCUGGUUUUCUGAAUCUGGGACCCGUGCUUCCUUGAGGAUGUUGAACUGCUGCUGAGGGAAGGCGGUAGGUCUCCCCGGUAGGUACAAUCUGGACCUUCUGCCUUCCAAUAUUUAUUUUCUUCAUCCUCUUAUGUCUCCUCUUCUACUUCUCCCCCUCUCCCUGGUACUUCUUCACCUUAGCUGCAAUGAUUUUCCCUCAAAUGCCUGCUUUGCAUAAACCCUCAUUUUAUUGGUCUAGGAGUUAUUAGAAAAAAAAAACUGGAGAGGUGCAUUCCCAAGACUUCAAGUAGCACCCUAAGAUACAUGAAGAAGUUGUGUAACAAGAAGGACUUCUGGCUGAGACCUGAAGCACAUCUCUAUGAGUGAAGCUGAGGUACUGGGGUGCCAUCCCACCUAUGAAGGCCUGUUGGGUUUGGACCUGGAAGCAGGUUAUAGAAUGCAGCAGUUGUUUGAGAACAUGGGAAAGGCAGAUGGGAGAAUCCACAGAGAGGUGACCGCACUGCAGGUAGAAACUACAGACUUGGCUUUCUACUGCUCAGUACAACCAGGCAGGCGAUGCUGGUCCCCAGCUGUCACUGCUGCGUGUGACUUUGACUUCUCUGUUUACAGAAAGGGUUUGGCUUUGGUUCCCAUUCUUAAAUUUCUAUAUUUUUUGGCUGAAAUGUGUUAAGAAUGAAAGAUGUCCUAUCAACUAUUGUUUUGAUGUACUGAAUUCUUUGAGAACACUAGGACACAUAGUUGCUGUGAGGUUUAUUCUAGCAGUGAUGGAGAGAGCAAAGGACGCUGAACAAUGGAGAGAAGGCGAUGGAAGAGGAGGGGGCAGAGGCAGAGACCAGUUAUUUUCUCCUGUCUGUACUUCUCAGAAACAGAGAGCAGCCGAGGAGGCUGCCAGGCCAGACCAGCACGGGAGCUCCCAGGGUCUGCACCCCCGGCCGCAAGUGAGCCAGCCAGGCUCCUGGUGCAGAGGCCAACACUGCCCUCAUCACCCCUCUGGGGCCCCUACAAACUCUCAGUGCUGUUUCUCCCUUGCUUCUCAGUCAACAAGAGCCUAAAGAGCAAGGUAGAAAUAUAUCUGAAAUCAUUUCAAAUUUCAUAUAUCCCAAGCCCUCCCCAAGCCUCUGUGAGUCCAUUUAAGGAGCUCUUCCUGUUACUCAAUUUUGCCUGGUUGUUGCUGUUCAGAUGGUAAAAACAGAACAGUUUGUAAGGAUAAAAGACAGGAUCCAAUUCCCUUUCAUUUUCAUUCAUUGGGAUGUCAUCUGAGGAAUCUUUGUUUCAGAGCUGGGAAUGCCGAGGGGAACAGAUAUGAUCCCCCCUGAAUUAAAUCAUAGUUGCUGGAGAAAAUAAACAGAUACAGAGCUGACUAGGACAGCCUGUGAUAAAGACUGUGAUCAAGAUUUGAAAUAAAGCAGGAAAAUUUCUCUGCAGUAUAUUUUUCUGGGCUUGGGGAGGGACCUCACAGAAGAGGUGCUGAAGUUUGGAAGCGAUUUUUGUUUCUUUGUAUCCCCCCUCUUCCCAAAUAA